UUGUGGUUGUGCGCUCAAUCAUCGGUCGCUCAGUAUUCACUGCUCAACACUGCGGGAGGGCAGAUUCUUUAUGAAUCCGACCAAAAGACUCUGCUGGAAACAUGCUGAAAUUAACGGAGGCGACACUUUGCCUUUGUUUGUUGACUGUGUUGGAGACAACUGUUUUCUUGGGAACUUGCUCACCGGCUAGCAGAAAAGGCUUUGAUGAAGAUGCUUUCACCAUCCAGCACUCAAGCACAGGGAAGUGCCUGGAGACAGACCUGAACCUCAACACCUGUGAUCCAAACAGCAAAUCCCAGCUGUGGAAAUGGGGUAUGGGUCACCGGCUCUUCCACGUGGCCACGUCCCACUGCUUGGCUUUGGACGUACGCUACAAGACACUGUCCCUGAUUGACUGUGGCAGCGACGUCCUGCUGCGGUGGCAGUGCCUGGAUGGGGCUGUUUUCACUGCGUAUCAGAUGGGCCUGGCGGCCAACAAAAGCAAAGUUGUAGCCAAACGGGACCCCAGUGAUGUGUGGGUGAGAGGAGGUUCCCAGGACAACAUCUGCCAGAAGUCAUACCAUGUUGUCCACACCACCAAUGGGAACUCUGCCGGCGGUCCCUGUGUGUUCCCCUUCAAAUACAACAGCAGCUGGCACCACGGAUGCCUCCCUGACACAGAUUUCCCUGGACUGUCCUGGUGUGCCACCUCCUUGGACUAUGACCAAGAUGGAAAAAAGGGACACUGUCUAACACCUGAGGAGGGAUGCCAGACUCUGUUUGCCGGGCCAGAAGGGGAAUUCUGUUACGAGUUUGUUUCCAGUGCCGCGGUGACCUGGCAGGAAGCUUUGGAUUCAUGUCGCAGUCAGGGAGCUGAUCUGUUCAGUCUAUCUGCACCUGAAGAUCUCCACUCCAAAACCUUACUGGACGGACUUGGCAGAAUGCCUGAGAGGAUGUGGAUCGGCCUUCAGCAGUUAGACGUGUCUCAGGGCUGGCAGUGGUCGGAUGGCUCCCCUCUCUCAGUCCUGCGCUGGGAAAAAGGAAUGCCACCCACCCCCUCACUUAUUGAGUCAGACUGUGGAGUCCUCAACUCUAAACAGAACUUUGAAUCUGAGGCGUGCAACAAACGGCUGCCAUACAUCUGCAAGAAGAGUGUCAAUGCGUCUCGCACAGCAACAACAGAGUCUUUUUUGUAUAAUGAAACAGUGUGUGCUGACGGUUGGGUCCCGUGGAAUGGCUGGUGUUACAAGUUAGUGAAGGAUAAGCCUCAAAACUUUACAGAUGCCCAGCAGCUCUGUAACAAAGCAGAGGGAGGAGGAGAAGGUUUUCUGGCCAGCCUCCACUCCAUCGACAGCAAAGAGAUGAUCAGCACUCAUUUCCACGCAGACGGCAAGCUUUUGGAUGUGUGGAUCGGUCUGACCGGGACCAACAUGAACACUACGGUCUUCAAGUGGAUCGACCAUGCACCCGUCACCUUCACCUACUGGGCUCCAAACGAACCAGUCCAGCCCACUCAGGACACCAGCUGCGUCUUCUACUCUGGAGAGUCUCAUGGUUGGCGGGUUGGGAACUGCACACAGAGGCUACCUUUCAUGUGUCAGACGAAAGGAGAGGUCAAGCAAUCAGUGACACAGGCUGGAUGCCGCUUUGAAGAUGGUUGGAGGAGACACGGCAACUCCUGUUAUCAAGUGAACACCAAACAAGUGUCCUUCAAAGAUCGCUGUAACAUCACUAUAAGAAACAGGUUCGAGCAGGCCUUCAUCAGCCGUCUACUUGGAGAGCACAUCAGCAAGGAAACUCAGUAUUUUUGGAUAGGCCUGCAGGACAUUAAGAACACAGGAGAGUACCAGUGGCUGAGCCAGGAUGGGUCCCCAGGUUUGGUUACCUACACUAACUGGGGCUGGCUUCAACCAGCUCGGCAUGGAAGUUGUGCAGUGAUGUCCACCGGGAAACCCCUGGGCAAGUGGGAGGUGAAGAACUGUACCAUUUUUACGGCCGGCUCCAUUUGUAGAACAGACCUCAGUCCACCUCCACCCCCAGAGCCAGAGCCGAACCCCAAUGCAACCUGUCCUGAUGGAUGGGUGUCUAAACCAGACAUCAAAUACUGCUACAAGGUGUUUCAUGAGGAGAGGCUGAGCAGGAAGCGCUCCUGGGAGGAAGCUGAGAGGUUCUGUCAGGCUCUGGGAGCCAACCUGCCCAGCUUCACAAAUACUGCUGAGAUGAGGGCCCUGCACAGCAUCAUGAGAGAGACCAUCAGUAAUAAUCGAUACUUCUGGGUUGGCCUGAACAGGAGAAACCCAUCUGAUCGCUCUUGGGAGUGGAGCGAUGGCCGGCCUGUAUCUAUGGAGGUUUUUUACCAGGAUUUCCAUGAGGAUGAUGCAUACAAUCGGGACUGCACUGCAUUCAAGACAAUGAAGAGCACCUUGAAGCACCUUUUCGUGCUUCUGCACUAUGACUUAACUGCCACACCUUUCUACGCCACACCAUUUCACUGUGAUUCCAGGCUGGAGUGGGUCUGCCAAAUACCCCGCGGAAAGACACCAAAGAUCCCAGACUGGUACAAUCCCGUUGGGCACCAUGAGACGUCUGUGUUCGUGGAUGGAGCGGAGUUUUGGUUUGUUCAGGAGCCUAAGCUUACCUUUGAGGGGGCACAGCUCUUCUGCCAUGUGAACGACAGCAAACUGGCUACACCAACUACCUCCACUGCUGCCAUAAAGAUCCACCAGUACCUAAAAACUAUCUCAAGUUCUCUUAAGCAAAACUGGUGGGUCAAUAUGAAAGAGCCUGGAAGGAUAUUCCCCAUGACGUACCCCCAGAUGUACUUUUACCAUGCAGCUUUCCUGGGUAGAUGCAUCUCCAUCACUCCUGAAAGCGUCUUUCCAGACCAUGAACUCAGUUGCCAGCAGCGAUUGUCCUUUGUGUGUGAGAGACACAACAUCACGUCAGUGGAGAUAAACCCUCUGGAGCCUCGGCCUAUUGGACUGCCCUGUGAAAAGGACUCUCUGUCCUUCAGAAAUAAGUGCUACACACUGAUGAGGAACAUGACGUCUUUGUCAUUCAGGUCUGCCAAUGAGGCAUGCCAGUCAGUGAAAGGAACACUGGUCACUAUAUCAGAUCAGGUGGAGCAAGAUUUCAUCAACACACUUUUACCGAGCAUGAAUAAAAUGGAAAGGAUCUGGAUUGGUCUAAAAAUCAAGCAGAACAACCCAGAAUGGGCGGACAAGUCCCCAGUCAACUACCUGAACUUUAACCCACUGCUUCUGGGCAUGCAUAAGGCUAUACAUAUCAAUACAUGGGAUCCAGAGAGUAUUGAUUUAUGUGUGUUUUUGAUCAAUAACCCCAACUCUGCCAUGCUGGGUACCUGGGAUUAUUCUUCCUGCACACAAUAUCAAAAUGUGGCCAUUUGCCAACACUAUGCAGAUAAAGUAGAGGAGCCCCAGGUCUUCACAGAGCCCAUCCACAUCAAUAACCACACCUUCCAGCUGCUUGUCAAAAAUCUCACCUGGUUUGAGGCCUUGGAGCAGUGCAGAAGUAAUGACAUGGACCUGGCAAGUGUGGCCGACACCUCCCUCCAGUCCGCCCUCACUGUGAAUGUGAGCCGUGCGCGCAUGCCCAUGUGGAUCGGCCUUUUCAGUGAAGAUGAAGGGAUCCACUACCGCUGGACAGACCACAGCCACACUGUGUUCAGUCGGUGGUAUUCUGAUGUCACCAGUGGCUCGUGCGUCUACCUGGACACAGAUGGUUUCUGGAAAGCCACCGAGUGCGAGGAGGAGCUGGGAGGCGCCAUCUGCCACAAAUCACAAAAUGAGAUCAUCACCACACCAGAGGAUGUUGCGGUGAAGUGCCCUCAUAAGAUUAAUGGUCCAAACUGGAUCCCCUUCAAGAACAACUGCUACUCCUUCCAGCUGGUCGCCUCCAGAUGGGAACAGUUCGACAAAGGACUGAUUUAUGACACCUGCAAAAAACUCAAUCCAGGCGCAGACAUCUUAACUAUCCGAAAUGCAGAGGAGAAUGAGUUUAUCAAGCAGCAGCUGCUACCGUUUCAAACCUUGGCCCAGUUCGUAUGGCUGGGACUGUUUAAAGAUGAAAACGAUAACCGGAUGAAGUGGUAUGAUGGCACAAAUGUCCAAUACUCCAACUGGGCAAAUGGCAGACCAGAUCUAGAUCAACCUUUCUUGGCUGGUCUCACCACUGAAGGCAACUGGCUUCUUGUUCAAAACAAAAACCUUUUCUCAGAGUUCAAACAAAGGACCAUUGUGACCUGCAAACUGGACAAUGAACCAAAACAGGAGUACAACCGGUCGGCUUUGGAUUUUCAACACUACGGUAACUUAACUUAUGAGGUUGUGACCCGAAAGUUGAGUUGGUACCAGGCUGUGGAAGAGUGCGGUAAGCGUGGAGGCCACCUGGCAAGUGUCCAUGACGUCCAGCACAGUGCACAUGUGAAGCUCCUCGCCAAGACGGAUGGUUUCCCGCUCUGGAUUGGCCUGUCAAAUCAGGACGUUAGCGGCUCGGCCUAUGAAUGGUCUGAUGGAACAAAACUUGACUACAAAGUCACCAUCUCUGACUCAAAGGAGGGAUCCAACAACCAAGAGGCCAGCUGUGUUCAUGUCACCCCUGCUGGAGACUGGAUGAAGACCAGCUGCAGUACAUUGAGGGACGGAGCCAUCUGCUACACCAACAUCACUACCACUUCCCAGAGAGCCAAAUAUUAUGCUACCCCAGAGGCCAGUCACUGCCCUCAGACCAACGGUAUGUCCAAGUGGGUGCAGCAUGAGGAUUACUGUUACGCCUUCAACAUGAGCUUCUACAACUACAGCGUCUACAGCAUGCAGCAGGCUAGGAGCAUCUGUCAGGGCAUGAGUGCUGAACUGCUGACCAUAAAAACCAAAGAGGAGAACGACUUUGUGUCAAAGUACAUUUCUGAUAACCCUCUCAUCACCAGUCGUGUAUGGCUCAACAUGGACUUGGAUACUCAAGGUAAGCCUGUAUCCUGGCAGGAUGGCUCAGCUCUGGUUUAUUUUAACUGGAAAGAUGAGGCCUUUGCCACCGGGAGGAAAUCGUUGUCCGACUGUGUCGUCAUGAUGGCAGGAGAAAAAGGAGUCUGGAAUUUUGUUAGCUGCCAGUCAAGCCACAGUCGUGUUGUCUGCAAAACUGAUGCAAAGUCUGCAGGCUCUCCCGUGGCACUGGGUCUCUUCAUCGUCAUCCUCCUCGCUCUCCUUUCAGUCAUCGGCUUUAUCAUUUAUAAGAAGAAAAGAGCCCACUUCUCUUCUACGGUCCGCUACAAGAGGACCUUUGAUGAGUCAGACACCACCAGUAUUAUAACAGAUGCUGACUAAGAUUGCUUAAGUAAUCAGCCUCAGGGAGUAUUGAUGUGCCUGCCUUGUGUGCAUUUUAGGGCUUUUAAGCAAGAGCAGAUGAGGCCUUCCCCCCUUUUUUUUUUUUUUUUUUUUUUUUUUUUUUAUUAUUUAUUUGUCCUGCUCAAACUAGCAAACAUAGAAUCGUGUUUGAAACUGUAAAUAUUGUGAAUAUGUGCCAGUUUAGAUUCUUAAUUUGAGUUAUUUUAGAUCCUUGUGUUAUACCUAAUGUAAAUACUCGAGCUGAUUCUCUCUGGUGAAUGUUGAUCAUUGACAUUAAUGAGAUGUGGGAUUAUGGGUAAAGUUUAGGUUGUUUCUCUUUUUUUUUUUUUUUAGAUUUUGAGUUGAUUUACAGAAAUAUGCAACCUGACGACAAAAUCUGUCUUACACUCCCAUUCAGCCUUAAAAGGUUAAAUUGCACUGAUGUAUGAGUGACUCCAAACCAUCACAAACAAAAUGUGCAGUUAUUUAUUCAUACUAUAUAUACCAUUUAUACAAUCUAUUCCAAAUUCAUUUUUCAGCCUCAGAUGGUUUGAUUCCCGUCCACCGUGGUGAACAGAAAUCAAUACAUUCAUAGAGUUUUAUCGGACAGUUCACCUGAAAAUACAGUAAAACUAAAAAGGAAGACCUCAAAGUCUUGUGUAAACAUUUACUCAUGUAAAUGUAUUCUGUAAUGACAGAUUGCACUCUUUAAAGGAAAUAAUUUAGUAUUUUUGGAUGGACUGUGCCUUUAAAUUAGCAGAAAAAUUUCUCGUGGAUGAACAUCUCACUGAUUGUGCCUCUUAACAUCUUUACAUAAUUUGAGUUUUUAAUCCACUGAAGAGGGUUAUUUUAAUUCAGUUGACUUAUUAAUACCUGCGAUGUGUUUUAGUUGUCAAUAUACAUAAACGAUGAGAGUUGAAAACGUUAUUUCUGCCGAAUUGCUUUAAAAGUACAGUAUGUCACAGAGUCUUAGCCUCAAAAUGAAUCCGACACCUGUUUGUAUACGUUCUCUGCUUUUUUAGGUUUGACUUAACUAUGCACUUAACUACUGAUCAAGAACGCACUUUAAUAUGUCAUGGAGCUACAGUUCCCACUAUGUUUAAGCACAAUGAAGUUUGAGAAGUUUUUAAAAAAUAUGUUUGAAUUGCACUGGUGUUUGUUGUAAAGGCUUUGUAAAUAUGUGAUUUUUGUUUUAUAACAACAAUGAACCAAAGACGCUCUGACUUGUUUGAAUGUCAAAAGCCUGAGCCUUCCUUUCAGUCAAUGGAAAUACCCCAAUAUGGCUUUUUAACCCAUUCAUACCAAGAUGCAAACCAAAUGUUAAAGGUGUUUUUUUGUUUUUUUUUUAACUUUCCCACCACUCCUAAACACGUGUAUCAGCUCAAAUCAGGUACAGUAGCCUUCAAAUAAAAUUAGCUGUCUUCAAAAACUAGUCUUUUCAAUCUUUUUUUAUUUUUAUUUAUUUGAAGUCUUUUUCAAUCUUGUUGACAUUUCUUACCCUUG